GAAAUGUAAAUGGCCGCGGAAAUAAGAUUGUUGUGUACAAAGACGAAAUUAAAAAUAACUAAAAUUAAAAAAAUAAUUUAAAAUUAAGUGAAAUAUUUAUACUAAAUGUUUUAAUAGCGAAAGACAUAUUAAAAAGUUUAAAAUAUUUGAAAAAAAAUUAAUUCUUUUAUAUAAGUUGCGGUGUUUUUAUUGCACUUAAUAAAUUGAACAUAUUCGUACUUAAAUACAAGCGAGACAAGUAUAAAUAUAAUAAUUUGACAGUUCUCAAUAUCUUAAUUUAAUAAGUGUGUAAGAGAAAAGAAUACAUAUUUCAAAAUUAAAGUUAAAUGAAAAGUAAAAAAUUAUAUUUUGCAAAAGUAAAUUUUCUUAACUUAUUGACAAAUUAAAUGUAGCUUAUUAAGAUGACAAGGCAAUUUUUUCAUUUCGAACCAUUGUCUGAUCUGUUAACGAAGGAACGAAAAUGUAAGCAUAUCAAAUAGCUUUGUUGUCAAAAUGCUUGGAUUGUCAAACUAAUUUAAAAAGCAAUAACAUUAAAAUAUUAAACUAAACUCCAAGGAAAAUAAUAUUUAGAAAAUUCUGAAGAAAAAAUAUUGAGUGAAUAUUUUACUACAAUAAAACUGCAUUAUGACUCAUAACUUAGGAAUGGCACCAUAUCGUUUCCCUGGGCCAGGAAAUGGAUUAUGUCAGCCAAAUUUUAAACACCCUUCAACCGAUCCAAUUUUUUCCGCUCCAAGUAAAAAACGGCGAAAGACAUCGAAUGCAAGUUCAGCAGCAGCUUCAGCGGCAGCUACUGCCCAAUUAUCAUCACAAACAACACCACCUACACCACAGGAUUUACUGCCACCACCACCACUAACGCCAUAUGGUGAAACAAUAGUAGCCUCCAAUCCUUUUGAUGACACACCACCACCAUCGCCAUCAUUACUAGGUCAUCAUUCGCCAAUGGUUAAUCAUAUGACUAACUCUAUGAAUAGCCCUAUGGGCAGUCCAAUGGGUAGUCCGAUGGGGCACCCCCAUCACGGUUCUCCCCAUUUACAUCCUCAUCAUAUUGGUGCAUCAUUAUCACCGCAAAUGCAAAUGCGUGGUGGCGUUGCAAGUUCAUUAGGUUUAGGUAGUCCAAUGAGCCCCAUGGGGCCGCCAUUACAUAAUACUUUGAAUAAGGGAUUCCAACAAUCAAGUAGUGGGCCGAUUGGGGGAUCUGGCCCUAUGGGUGGUCAUCAUCCAGGGAUGCAGUGCAGUCCCAUACCAGCUCAUAUAGCCCGUGAAGUAGGAUCUGGUGGACCUAUAAACCAUCCGAUGGGAGGUUCAGGAUCAGCUAUGUCACCUGGUGGAAUGGGAAAUAUGAGUCCCAUGAGUAAUAGUUCUGGUGGCAUGGGCCCAAGCUUAUCUCCAAUGAGUGCAAUGUCUUCAAUGUUAGGUGGAAGCAAUAAUAAUAGCAAUAAUAGCCGACCCUCCAACUCUAAUUCUGGUAGUACAGGCAAUAGUUUAGGAGUAAAUUCAAACAGCAUGCAAACAGGACCCCAUCCUGGCACUCAACGAUCAGUUAGCAGUCCUAUGAAUUCUGGCGGACCUAUCGGCAGCCCAAUGGGAUCUUUGCCAGUUGGAUCUCCAAUGAGUACUGGUAGAAGUAGCGUAGGAAGUAUCGCGAUGGGUAGUCCAUUAGGUGGAUCGAAUCCGCCAUCGCAGCAACUCAGUAAUAGUCCAAUGGGGCCCCCUAUGCAUAGUCCUUCGGCAUCCACCAGUGGAUCCAAUCAGCUUCAACAAAUGAAAAAUAGUCCCUUAGGUUCAUCAUCACUUAGUCCUUCCGGUUCUAUAAACGGAAAUAACCAACAAUCUCAGUCAAUGAAUAGUCCUAUGGGACCACCAUUGCAAAGUCCUUCGGCUCCUCCAAAUGCAUCCAACCAGCAAUCGCAACAAAUUAACAAUAAUAUAAUGGGAUCCCCGUUACACAGUCCAUUGGGUUCCUUAAAUAACACUAAUCAACAAACACAGCAAGUUACUAAUAACUCUAUGUCGCAAUCGAUUAAUAGCACACCUGUAUCUUUAAGCGGGCCAGUUCAGUCGCCGCAACAUGGUAAUAAUAAUAUUAUGGGUCCGCCGUCUCAUAGCCCAUCUGGAAUUUUGGGUGGAAACAAUCAACAACCUCAAAUGAAUAGUCCUAUGGGUCCGCCUCUUCAUAGUCCCUUGGGUUCCGCAGGCGGGUCUAAUCAGCCGUCUCAACAAAAUAGUCCCAUGGGUCCUCCACUACAUAAUCCCUCAGUUUCUCCGAGUAUAAAUAAUCAAUCACAGCAAAACAAUAGCCCCAUGGGCCCGCCACUGCAAAGUCCUCCAAGUGUCUUUAGCGGAGCUAAUCAACAGUCGCAGCAAUUGAACAGUUCUUCUAUGGGACCUCCCUUACACAACUCUUUAAAUCGUUUAAGUGGACCUAAUAUACAACUACAACAAAAUAGCAACCCUAUGGGGCCGCCAUUACACAGCCCUUCAGGUCGUUCUGCUGGAUCUAAUACACAAUCACAGCAAAUUAAUAAUAAUCCUUCGGCACCUGCAUUAAAUAGCUCUUUAGGUCGUUUGAGCGGGCACAAUCAACAAUUACAACAAAUAAAUAGUAGCGCAAUGGGUCCGCCACUUCAUAGUCCUUUAGGUAAAGGAUUUUCACAAAUGAACAAUGAAAGUGGAUCGCCCUCUCCAAAUAGUCAUAUUCCACCUAAUUCUCGAAUGAACAUGCAUAACGGCUCUGUGGGAAUAGGACCGGGUAAUAUGAAUACACCGUUAAAUAGUGGAAGUAAUUUAGGACGUGACGGUCCAAGCCCAAAUUUAUUAAUGCAGCAACAGCAUCAACUUAAUCAAAUGUCUUGCUCAAAUACUAUGAUGCAAAAACAAAACUAUGACCAACAAAACAUAAACUCAGUGGGUGGAAAUUGUUCGAGUGGUGGUGCAAAUAUACAACAAGGAAACCCUCCAGUAAUGAACCCGCAAAAUGUUCCUAUGAAUAAAAUGGGUGGGUUUCCUAAUUCAGGUAGAAAUAUGAACAAUAGCGGAUUUAAUAGCAAUAAUAACAAUAAUAAUAGUAAUAGUUUAAUGUCUAAUAUAUUAGGUAGUUCAAUUAAUCAGCCUAAUAUGUCACCUUAUGGAAUGUCAAUAAACGCGAAUAUGGGUAUUUCAGGUCCUCCUAACAGUGGCCCGCCAAUGUCUGCCGGUUUGGGUGGGAAUCCAGUAGGAAUGUCUGCAGCUUUGUCGUCAAUGUCUGGAAGAUCUAACAAUAUGCCUGGUGGACCAGCAAAUAUGUCUGGGCCGCAUAUGUCAGGGCUUCCAGGUAGUAUGUCAGGAAUGCCGGGAAACAUGCCGGGUAUUCCAGGAAAUAUGCCCGGAAAUAUGUCGUUAGCCUCGGGGAAUAUGUCGAAUAUUCCAGGAAAUAUGUCAGGACUUUCAGCAGGUAUUCCAGGUUCACCAGGAAACAUGCCUGGAAUUCCAGGAAAUCACGGAAAUAUGCAAAGCGGAAUGGGUAAUAUGUCAAUGGCAGGAAUGUCUUCAGGGCCAGGAAUUAUGCCAGGUGGCCCAAAUAACAGAUCUGGAGGUUCCAAUGUUAUGUCAAAUGUUUCAGCUGGUAUGUCAGCUAAUCAAGGUAAUAUGCAUGGUAAUAUGGGAAAUAUUAAUAAUAUGAUGGGAGGUUUGAAUAUGCAACAUAUGGGGCACAUGGGGCCCCCAAUGAUGGGCCCUGGGGGCAGUGGUUUUCCUCACGGACCAGGUCAUCAAUCGAUGCCCAACAAUAUGAUUUCGGGAUUAAAUCAUCCAAUGGGCGGAAUGGGAAUGCAUAUGUCAAGUGGCAUGGGUGGAAAUAUGAGCGGAAUGGGUGGAAUGGGCGGAAUGUUAGGAAUGGGGGGUAUGGGAAAUCCUAUGGGUUUAUUUUGCGGCCCAAAACCAAUGCCAGUCAGUUCGGCAAAAAUUUAUCCACCAGGUCAGCCGAUGAUAUUUAAUCCACAAAAUCCAAAUGCUCCGCCAAUUUAUCCUUGCGGCUCAUGUCACAGAGAGGUGAACGAUAAUGACGAAGCGUUAUUUUGCGAAUCUGGUUGCAAUUUCUUUUUUCACAGAACAUGCGUUGGUAUGACAGAAGUUGCUUUUGCAAUGCUUACAAAAGAAGUGUUCGCUGAAUGGUGCUGUGACAAAUGUUUGUUUUCAUCGCCAAAAGUUAUACCACUGGUUAAAAUUAAAUGUUAAAAUUUUUUUUUAGAAAUUAUAAACCAUGUAUGUAUUUAUAAAGUUUGUAAAAUAAUUUUAAAUAAUUGUAAUUUUUUAGUCAGUUUUACAAUUUAUCUUUUCGUUUUCGUUCUUGUAAGAAAGGUUAUUUAUAAAACAUUUAAUAUAAGUAGUGAACAAAAAAUAUAACAGAAAUCCAUCGACAUAAGGACUUUUUUUAAAUUUUAAAUAGUUGUACAGUUUAAAGAUAAUUAGUUAAAAAAAUAAAUUUAAAUUUCAAACAAAAAAAAAAUAAAACUCAACUGAGUAAAAAAAAAGUAUUAAUAUCAUUGAAUAUUUUCUUAAAUUAAGUAAAAAUUUUACAUCUCUAACUCUGAUACAAAUUUGGAUUUAUAAGAGAAUUCGAAAUUAGAUGGAAAAUUUCUAAUCUAGUAUAUGCCUUAUUAAAAAUAUAAGGAAGUUGAGAAGUUUAACCGAAAAUUGAAAUGCUCAGAAUUCAUUUUAAAUAAAAUCAUAUUGUUUUGGAUGCUAUAUAAUAAAUUUAAAAUAAGUUUUGAUAAAAUUUUAAAAUUUAUUAGUAUUUAAGUUUAAUUUAAACUAAAAACUUUAAUUUAAUUUUAAUUGCAAAGCAAAUCCUAACAUUGCCUAACUAUCGGAAUCUCGUCAAAAAUCUACAUCAAUAUUGUAGAUAAUGAAGAUCGAUAAAUAUUUAUAGAAAAUAUUAAUAUUUAUCCCAAAUUUUCUUUUGAAAGUCUGCUUUGAUAACGUGCAUGUGUAGCGUACAGAAUGUAUGACAACCAAUAAUCAAGUGCUUUUACCGAAUUAAUAGACAUUUUAUUUUUACAUAUCUAGUUGGUAUAUUAGUAACUUAAUUGUUUUUAAUGCUAAGAAAGAGAUUUAAUAUAUUUAUAUAUUAUAUUUCUUUUACAUAGAUAUAUUCCUUUCCGAGCAUAUGAAAUAGUAACGAGCCUAGAAAAGUCCAUAUUUAUAAUAUUACAAUCAAGUGAUUUUAGGAACUCGUAUAGUUUACAUUAAUAUGUACAUUGAAAUUUAUUGUAUAUUGUCCAUUUUCAGUUUUAGUGUGCUAAACUUUUUCAUUUAUGCUUUAUUUAAAUAAAAAUAAACUUUUCAUUUUUGGCUUUAACCAAUAGGUUUUUAAUUUUUGUUAUUACACAAAACUUCUUGACUGAGCAAGAAAAAAGAACAACUUUUGCUAUUAUUUGUAAAAAGAAUGAUUUUAUUUUUUCUGGUAUCAGGAUUAGUCAAAAUGAUGUAAAUUGUACAGAUAUUCUUUUUUAAAUAAUAUAUUUAAA